AUGCUUCAGCAAGACGAGCAGCUAGAAUUAUCCGCGGCGCAAGAGAGGGCAGAUGUACCCUCGCACAGAAAGGGUGAUUUGGACAACCUCUAUGAAAGAAUAGAGAAUAUGGUAAGAGAAAGAGAGGAAAAGGAACAGAAAAGAAUGAACCAAUUGCUGGCUGCAAUAUCUGAGCAGCUUAAUAAAAAUGUGGUGGCACUCUUUGAAGGCGUAAUACAGAAGGAGAUACGCGGACCACUCACACAGAAAAUAGAGAAGAUGGUUAGCUCACGGAUUGACUACAAAAUGAAAGAGGUGUCUAAUGUGUGCAGCACAGCACUUGUGGCUGCAGUGGAGGGAAAAGCACUUGCACAAACAAUUAGCAAAACAAUUAAAGCAGGCAUUAUUGAAGGGAUAGUUCCUGUGGUGGAGAAUGGGAUGAAUGAAAUACGCCUUCAGAUUCUGGACAGAAUGAAGGCCAUGCCAAUGUGCGUUGAGAAGUUUGAAGAUGAUUUGUCAGAGAGUAAAGAUGAUACUUUUGAUAUAAUGGUGGACACAUUAAAGGGCUGUGAUGACCAUAUUGAAGAGCACCCGAAGGAUGUAAUUAUUCACUUAUUAGAGACGGAUAUUGCAGAGUGCUUUACAUAUGUCAUAGGAUCAAAGGACCCAGAAAUAUUCCUGUUUCUACUUAAUAAGCUACCACCGGAUGCAGAGAUUGACAUGUCAAACAGUCUGCUAGUACAGUUUAUACAGCAGAUGAUACUGUUCAUAGGAGCCGGAUGGAGACAGGCCAGUCUUCGCAGUCGGUACACAAUCUUCCUUAGUAAUGCACUCUCCCACAUACAAAGAGACCAACUGACAGAAGAAGACUUAAACAUUCUGCGCGAUAGUAUUUUGAAUCUGUUAAAGGGAUGCCCGUCAUUUGGAGGAAGUCCGAAUGAGCGGCAUAUGCUGGGUCUUAUGCAGGAGAUGGGCUUAUAUUAA